CUACCCCGCCUGGGCAAACAAAUCGGCACGCCUCGAUCACGCACGCGCAGGGCCACGGCGGUGACACUCUCAUCCGCGCUCUCGGCGACGCGGCCUGCCAGAUCCUGGGCGAUGUCGCGCCAUUCUAAGGCCGCCUCCGAGCCGCCAGCUGGUGACAGCUGUGCAGGAGGGCUUCGCGGGCAUCCGCGGCCGCCACGGGGCCAUCGGCCCGGCGGCAGCCGUGCGGCGGCCCGCGCGGUGCGCGCGCGCCCCCGAGCUCGCGGCGGGCACCGCGUGCCUGGGCUUCGCGGGCUGCUGCUUCCUGGGGCUGCACACCGGGUGCCUGGCGGUCGCCGCGGGCGCAGUCGCGGGGGUGGCGCAGCUGGGCAAGGAGGUGGCCGCCCGCGCCGCGCCGUGGCUCAACGCCAUGAACAGGCGCGCGUGGGAGGACUGCGUCGCCCGCCCGAAGUUCACCUCCCCGGCCGUGCCGGCGUGGUCCUCGUUCGCCGAGAGGGCCUCGCAGCACGGUUCCUGUGCCUUGCCAGCUCGCCCGCCCGCUCACGGUGCUGCUCGUGCCCUGGGCCCCGGCGAUGAGACUCGCAGAGGCGGCGUCCGCGCGGAGGCCACCGCUGGCAGGAGCCAGGCACGUCGGGCGUGCGGCGCGGGCAGCGCCCAGGGGCGGCUGCGCCGCCCGGCAUCUCGGCGGCGCGGGGCCCCGCUCGAGAGAGAGCGCUGCCGCACCAUGCGCUGCGGAGAGGCGCUUCGCGGCGGCGGCGCCUGCGCAGCCAAGAGCCCGCCGCAGAAGAUCGGCACAACCGCUGUCAGGGGAUUGGCCUUCGGCGCCCUCGGCAGGCGGUGGGUGUGGCUAGAUCUGCCGUGGGACCUGUGGCUGCCGGACUUCCCGCUGCUGCUGACGCUGGACGUCGACCUGUGGUCCAGAGGCCCGUACCUGCGCGGCGCCCGCCUGGCGAUCGCGGACGCCGUGGUCGACCGCCUCGUGGAGGCGGUGCGCGUGCAGGUGCAGAUGUGGGACUUCCGGGACGCAGACCCCCGCUUCCGGGACUUUUGCGAGCCUCUCCAGGUCUCCUUCGGCAUUGACCUGCAGUGGCCCUCGCCAGAGCAGCUGAACGUGGAGGUCUCCAACUUCGCGACGACGCUGCACCUGCCCGCGUGA